UUGGAAAGAGCAUCCUCGUCCGCACGGAGGGAGGAGAUCCGGGUUUGUUUUAUUUAUCUCUGCCCUCUUUCUUUCCCCGUCGCUGCCGCUGCGGCCGCGGUGUCAGAAAACAGCACGGAGGGAGCAGAAGCCAUAAGAUGAAGAAACGUUAUGUAGACGCGAACAGGCUUCGGAAAAUGAAAAAACUGAAAAUCACGGAGAAGCUGUCUGAGAGUGUGUACACCUUCCUAAAGUUUAUGGUGAUGUGGACGCUGGUGCUGCUGGCAGAUUUCAUCCUUGAAUUCAGACUGGAGUACCUGUGGCCGUGUUGGCUCUUCUUUGGGAGUGUGUACACCACUUUCCACUGCCAUGGGCUGGUUAUUUGUGUUGUUUUUGUUUGUGCUGCCUUCACAUUGGACAUCUUUUGUUUAAUUUUUGUUCCUUUGCACUGGUUGUUUUUUGUGGCGAGCACCUACGUAUUAUUUAAUUACAUAUGGCACACAGAAAAGGGCAUCUGUAUAUCAUCAGUGUCCCUGUGGAUUCUGCUUGUGUACACAGAGGCGUCGCUUCGACUCAGAGAUCUUAAUACCUCUCAUCCCAACCUGUCUCAUCUUUUUGCUGCACACUGUAUUGGCUAUCCUGUAGUUUAUCUUGGGUUUGAUGCCACCUGCUACUUCACCAAUAUUUUUAAGCUGCGCAUACAGAAAGCUGUGCAGAGUGACAAUGACUUCCACAUGCACCUCCUUCAGCACUCACUCCCACCAGGCCUGCAGGUUUACUCCAAGACAGGCACAGAUGGCAGCAGCAGCUCCAAAUGGAAAAUUAAGCCUGAUUCAGGUCAAUAUCAGUGUCAGAAUGGUGCUGUGGUGGCCCAUGAUGACACACACACUGUGGACUGCCUCCAGAUCCGCAGCGAGGACAGAGUGACAGAGAAGGCAACACAGGAGGUGAGGUCAGCGGAAUCAAACCGGCGGCCCGCAUCAUUAAAAUCUGCUGUGGCCGAGUCAAAAGAUCAGCUUCACAGCGGGGCAGGAGGACCAGAGCCAUCUACAAUCCCAGAAAAUCUACCUCAGGAGGAGCAGGGAUGCAAAGCCACACGAGUGGCCAAAAACUCCUCGCCAAAAGCUCGCAGAGGAAGCACAAACACUCCUUCGCCACCUGUAGGAAGGACCGAGAAGAAACAAAGGCCCAGCUCGAAAACCUUCAGCCCCAACAGGGAUGAAGCAGAUAAGAUCACCACAGCGGCUCAGAAUUACCACGCUGAGCAGUUCAGCAAGCUGGAGGCAGAGAUGCGAAGGUUGAAAGGCGAGCUUCAGACAAGUAGGCAGAGUGAGCAGGAACUGCGAAGUCACAUCUGCAACCUGACGAACAGCGAGAGGAGCCUGAGACCAGAAGUUUCCCUGCUCAGACAGUCCAACAUGCUGCUUCAGAGCAAGAUUCUGUGUUUGACUAAAACCAAGCAGAGGGACAAGCAGACCAGCUCAAUAUUGGAGAAAAAGACCAGAGUAGAGACAGAAGCGAGGCUCUCUGCUGAGAGACAGCUAGCUGAGCUUCAGGCUCAGAAACUGGAGGAGGCAGCAAGUGCAGCUCGCAGUCUAACAAACAGGCAGGAACACUGUGAAACCCAAAUGUUAAGGAAAAGAGUUAAAGAUCUAGAGACAGAGUACAAACAACUACAGCUGGAGUAUCAAGUGAAAGAGAGUCGUGUGGUAGAUCUAGAGAGAGAUGUUGAGGCUUUGGGAAAGUACCGCUGUGUGGAGAAAGAGACAGACAUGCUGCUGUCCACUCUGUCAGCCAUGCAGGAGAAAGCUCAGCAUCUGGAGUACAACCUGAGCGCGGAGACUCGCAUCAAGCUGGACCUCUUCUCUGCACUGGGAGACGCUCGCAGACAGCUGGAGAUCGCUCAAGAUAAAGUGAAGAAGCAGGACAAAGAGAUCCGUGAGAUGAAGCAGAAGAUUGCAGAGGUGAUGGCGGUCAGCCCCGGUGUGGCCUACAUGGCCCCUCGGCCUCAGGUGCCUCAGUAUCUCACCAAGUUACUCAACUCUGAGCGCUACAUGUUAAAUCCACGGGCGCUGAUGUACCAGUGUCUGAAGAAGUAAAAGGACGUCAUUGAGCUUUGAUACAUCCUCAGAUCUCCUCUUUAGGACUAGAGGAGUUUAUUACACAGCUAAACAACACAGUGAAGACAACCUACUUUCAGUCACGAGUGGAAACAGAAUGAGACUCCACAAGUCGAACGCCUUUCUGCUGCACUGUUGGUGCUAACUUGAUAUUGUGUUUUUUUCCUGUUUCCUCCCACAUCAAAGCUCCAAAGGUUUCGCUGUAAAACGAGGUAUCUAAUAUGCAGAGCUGCUAAAGGCAGAGUUUUAUACAUCACCAUUACAUAACAUCAGGAUUCUGCAGAGAAAAGCACAACAUCAUUGCUAAUUCUGACCCUGUAGGUUAAUGGAGUAAAGAUCUGAUGCUGGAUGUUUCUACUCAAGUGACGACAAACAGCAGGAAGUAUGCAUUGAGAGACAGCUGUACCCAAAUACUUUUGUUAUUCGUGGAAAAAGGACAUUUUGCAUCAGCAAAAAUAAUCAAAUUGGUACUAAAAGCUGUGUCUAGUUGUCAUUUGGUGCAACCAAAAAGUUCCCCUCUGCAGCUGUUACAUGUCUAGUGGCCGCUUUAUAGCGUGAACACUGGCGUGUAAGUGAAACUAUUUAAUAUUAUUCAAGUGAUUUUAAAUGUUAUGUUUACAAGCAAGUUACUGAAGCAUUAAUUGCUUUCAUUUUGACUAAAGAAUCCCA